CUCGGUGUCCGGGCGGUGCUGAGCGGCCGGGGCGGCGGCGGGUCCCAGCGCGGCCGCGAGCGCCAUGGUCUCCCGGUUCUCCGAAGCCUCUCGAGCCGCGCUGCCCUCGCCAUGCUGCGCCUGCUGCCAUGGCUCCGUGCUCUGACCCGGGAGAGCGUGCGGCCGGGAGUCCUGCAGGGCCUGGCUGCUGGUGACAGGAGCGGGGCCGGGAUGUAUCCUGCCUGCUACUGUGCAGGCAAAGCGAAGCAGCGGGCUGUGCUGCUCCCCCUGGACCCCUACGGCCAUGGGCUGCUGCACACCUUUCCCCCGGAUGCCUACAGGACUCGAGGCCAUGGCAAGAGGAAGAGCUGGAACUUCAUCCACGAGAAGAUGAGUUAUGACACCUUCUUCACAAUGAAGCGUCUGAUAGAGCGCUCGCGCAGCGUGGGGGAAGUGCUGCGGUGGGUCACGCAGAACCCCAGCAAGGUGUCCGCCAGCCACUACCCCAUCGCCCUGCACAAGCUGGGCCAGCUCUUGCAGCAGCAGCAGCAGGGCCAGGCCACGGUGAACGGGGAGAGCCGCGGGCCUGGCCAGAUGCUGGAGCAGCCAGAGUUUCAGACUCUCUGUCAGGCCAUCAUCAGCGGCUGCUCCAAGUUUGAUAACUUCAGCAUUGUCAACUGCCUGUACGCUGCUGCUGCGCUGGGCCUGCCAGGGGAAUCACCGCUGGUGCGAGUGCUGGAGGAUGAAUCCCGGAGCCGCCUGGGCCGCUUCAACCAGAAGGACGUCUCCAUGGUCUUCAGCAGCGUGAUGAGGCUCCAUCCGUCCAGCCCACACCCCCUGGUUGAGUCUUGCCUCAGCAGUUUGGAGCGGCACCUGGAGAAGGAGCGUCACCCCCAGACCCUCUUCCUCCUCCUCUCCUACUACCGACUGCGGGCUCAGGCGCUGCAGGGACACCCGGCCUCCGACCAGCAGCUGAUCAACAACCGCAAGAUCCUGCGCCUCGUCAGGCACACGCUGGGGCAAGUGAGUGCCAUGCGGGAGCAUGAGCUGGCCCUUUUGGACGAGAUGCUGGCUCUGUGCGCCCAGGAGGCGAACAACAAGGCCCUGGAGGCCAUCUUCAGCUCUCAGCUCUUCUACGAGAACCGCCAAGAGCGAUUCAUCCGCAGUAUGGCAGAGUGGCUCCCCAGGAAGGCAGAGAACCUUACCCCCUACACCAUGGCCCUCAUUGCCAAGUAUGUGGCCCGGCACCGGCUGCGUGAGCCACGGCUGCUUGAUACCAUCGCAAACUUUCUCCUGAAGCGUGGGGAGCAGCUUGACAGCAAGGUGAUCCAGAAGCUGGUGUUUCCCUUCAGCCGCAUGAAUUACCGCCCAUCCAACCACAGCGAGCUCUUCCCCAAGCUGGAAGCCAUCCUGGAGCAGAAAGCUGGCAGCUCACCCCUGGCGACUGUCAACAUCCUCAUGUCCAUGUUUCAGCUUAGCCAUUUCCCCCAGUCCGUCCUGCACCAAGUCUUCUCCCCAGCCUUUAUCACCAAUGUUAUGAGCAGCCCCUACGCGCUGAUUGUGCGCCGCUACCUCUCGCUGCUGGACGCGGCGGUGGAGCUGGAGUUCCACGAUUACAGCGGCCCGCGCCUCGACCCGCGCUACCGCGUCCUCAUGUUCGAGCAUGCCCUGACGGCUGAUGAGGCCAACAGAAAGUACAGUUACAAGGGGCUGGUGGCCGAGGCCCUGCGGCAGCUGGUGGGAGAAGAGUGCUAUCGGCAGGACGAGGUGCUGCCCCCAGGAUACUGCACAGACUUCUUGCUGUGGAUUAACCGCUCGGGCACUGUGCUGCCUCUCUCCCGUGUUCCUGCGGCUUCCAAGGCUCCCCCUGCCCACACUACAACGUCCCCUGCCGCCAUUUCCUUGCGCUCGACCGUCCUGGCCCUCACCUCGGACUUGCAGGACUUUGCCCCGUUUGCUCCAGAGACGCCAAGCAGCCCCCCGGGCUCCCGGGAGAGCAACCUGGCUGGGCGGUUCCUGCCCACACUUUGCCCUGCCCCAGGGGGCCCCUGCUACCAGCCCUCCUCGGACUAUUACUGUGGCCUGAGCAAAGAGUCUUCCCUGGAGAGCCAAGGCAGCUCCACAUUAAGCAGCCCUUCCGAGUGCCUCUCCGCACAGCCGGCUGGCACCCCUGACUGCUCCCCCAGGGGCACCUCCACAGCCACCCUCUUCCAGUUCCCCAUCGGCAAGAUUCUGGAGGAGGAGGAGGAGACUACCGCUGGGUGCCCUGGGCACGAUCACAACUGCUUCCAAGGGGAGCAGGCCCAGGAGGAACCGGAGGAAAGGAGCCCACCCCCCAGUGAGGAUGCCUGCCCUCCGCCCUCUCCGUGCCGGCCCAGCCCCAAGAGAGGGCCGGGUGAUGGACCGCAGGGAGCCGAAGAGAUUCAGAGGGUGGUGCUGUCGGUCAACGACAAAUGGCAUUACUGCCAGAACUCCGACAUACUGGUGGGCUCGCGAGCCAUGAGGGACAGGCACUUGCGACUGCUGGGCUACUGUCUGGUUCAGCUGCCCUACACGGAGCUGGAGAAGGUGAGUGGCAUCGAGGAGGCCAAGCACUACCUGCGGCAGAAGCUGAGGGAGCUGCGCUUCUGAGGGACGGAUGCCCCGAGUCCCGGGCCCUGGGCGGGGAGGGGGCAGAGUGGGGAGGGCGCAGGUGGGUGCUGCCAGCGCCUUGCCCCUGGGGAGGGGGGAGAUGGAGCUGCCCCCCAUCCCAGGGGGAUACAGGGCCAGGCUGUGGGCACCUGCUCCUUGAUGUGGGGCUGGGGUAGUG